CCGGGCCGGCGGCCUCGGCCCCCCGGUGGUCGAGCGGCCCGGGCGUGCCCCUCCCUCGCUGCCCUGUUCCUCACCUCAGGGGGCCAUGGCCGGGCUCCCUAUGUGCCCGCUGCCGCAGGAUGAUGACUAUCGAGCUUUAUCCUUGUCUGGUCAUGUUGGUUUUAGUACUUUACCAGAUCAACUGGUUAAAAAAUCCAUUGGGCGGGGCUUCUGCUUCAACAUCCUUUGUGUUGGUGAAACUGGAAGUGGGAAAUCAACCCUGAUAAACAGCUUAUUUAACAUCAGUUUUGAUGACCCUGUGUCAACGCAUUUUCUGCCAAAAGUAAAACUUAGAGCCCAGACUUAUGAACUGCAGGAAAGUAAUAUUCUUUUGAAGCUGACCGUCGUAAAUACAGUGGGAUUUGGUGACCAAAUAAACAAAGAAGAUAGCUAUCAGCCAAUAGUGGAUUAUAUAGAUGCACAAUUUGAAGCCUAUCUCCAGGAAGAAUGGAAAAUUAAACGUUCUUUAUUUAACUACCAUGAUUCUCGCAUCCAUGUUUGCCUCUAUUUCAUUUCACCUACAGGCCAUUUCCUGAAACCCUUAGAUUUAUUAACCAUGAAAAGCCUAGACAGCAAGGUGAACAUUAUACCAAUUAUAGGCAAAGCAGACAGCAUAACUAAAAGCGAACUACGGAAUUUCAAGAACAAAAUAAUGUCUGUAUUAGUUAGUAAUCACAUCCAGAUAUACCAGUUUCCAACUGAUGAUGAAACCGUUUCUAAAAUGAAUGCCAUCAUGAAUGGGCACAUGCCAUUUGCGGUGGUAGGAAGUGACGAAAAGGUGCAAAUUGAAAACAAAAUGGUGAGAGUUCGUCAGUACCCUUGGGGCACUGUACAAGUGGAAAAUGAGAACCACUGUGACUUUGUAAAGCUUCGUGAGAUGCUUAUUUGCACAAAUAUGGAAGACUUAAGAGAGCAGACUCAUGCACAACAUUAUGAGUUGUACAGACGGUGCAGACUGGAAGAGAUGGGCUUCAGAGACAUGGGUCCAGGGAACGAACCAGUCAGUCCACAGGAAGUCUAUGAAGCAGAGUGGUCUGAGUUCUACCUUGAACUGCAAAGAGAAGAGAAUGAGCUAAGAGAACAGUAUGUGCAGAGAAAGAAGGAGAAAGCAGCAAUGUUUAAAGAAGAAAAGCAACAGCAACUGGCUAAACAUGAACAUCAAAUGCAAAUUCUUGAAGAGGCUCACCUGAAAUUAGAGAAAAAGAAAAAAGUUCUAGAAGAUGAAAUAGCUGCAUUUCUUGAGAAGAAAGUUAAGACUGAGUUACUCCAGUCAGAAGCAUCUAUCUCUGCCAUUGCUGUUGAACAAAGGCAAGGACCACAAAAAUUCCAGCUUUACAUAAUACUGACAAUAGAAGAAGCAAUAUUGAUAAUUUCUCUUGAGAAGCAAUGAUUCACAGUGUGCUUUUGAUGGUGCAGAAGUUGCAGUUUCUUACUAAAGGAUUUGGAAAGUAUCCUUUGUUGCUGCAUGCUGCAAAAGAAGAAUUUUGAAGUAUGAUCUGUAUACAUACAAUGCAAUGAUUACUGCAGUUGCCAUCAGGGACUUCCUGUUACAAGUCUGCCUUGAUAUGCCCUUGCCUUACAUACAUGUGGCCAGCUUACUGUCAUUUUAAGCGCAUUGUACCAAAGAAAAUGUCCCUGCUGUAAACAGUUCCAUUCAUAAUAUGAAUGCUGCAGUAGAAAAUUAUUCAGUGAGUGCAUCCACUCUAAUAUUUCUAAAGAGUUAUUUUCAUAUGGUAUGGUAUAUUAAUCAACUAAAUAUUACCUACUACAAAUGUUGAUAUAAUUCAACCAUUUACUGAUUUUGCUGACAUGUUUCGUUUGUAGUCUUCUAUGUACAAGCACUGUCCUAAAUUUCAGGUGUAAUCUUUCUAAUCAAAAUGUAUUCAGCUAUUUUCAGUGCUGUACUGCUGCAUGAUAUUUUAUCUGACACUACUAACUCAAUAUGGAAAGUACCUAUAACUUUUUGAUGCUUGUGACUGUGGUGUUCAGUUACAGCAGAGGCUAACUUUACAAAAACUAUGCUACAAGAGCUUCAGGUUAAAACAAGUUUAAAAUGUUUUUUCUUUUCUCAGUAGCCAUGAUAACACAUGGGGAAGUGUAAAGGUGCAGUUCUCUGAAGUUGUUUUGUGCAGCUCUUUAGGCGUUAAAUAAUAACUUGAUAGAAAUAAAAUA